GUGGAACAUCUCACCUUCCCCGCCCAGCAGAGCUUGCUUUUUUGCCGUUUCGAGCAUCUACGAUUGAUUCUCCUUACCCACAAUGGCAAAUCAGACCGCCACCGAGCCACGCGGGUCGCGCUUCAAGGAAGCCGCCAUGAACUCCACAAGCUCCAUUCAUCCGCCUCCAAGUAUCUACUGGCAGGAGCUAGCAAUUGACGACCUCAUUACAAAGUUCAAUGAGGAGGCUUCCGCUCCGCCCACCCAGGGCAAAGCAGGAGCUGCCCCUGCUACUGUCCCCGCCGGUCCCCCAACCGCCCCCAAAAGUGCCUUCGGGCGAUUUUCGCAUGCCGUGUCCUCCUUUUGGAAGGAGUCGGGAUUGAGCGUGCUGGGGAAGAGGAAGGCGGGAGGUGCGGAGAAGGAGGAGGGGAAGGAGGACGAGAGGAAAAGGCAGGCGGAACUGGCCUAUGCCAAGGCCAAGGCAGAGGGCCUCCUGCCCGCCGCCAAAGUUUUCACGCGGCCAAUCAAGCCGCGCAAGAGCAGCACCGCUGAGAAGACUGGUGGUGAUGUCCUAGACCCGUCUCUAGACCUUCCGGCGCCCUCGCCAGCCCUGCGGAAGUCCCCAAGCAAGAAGGACCUGCACAAGCAAAAGGUGCUGGUGAAACGAGUCUCAAACCUUGAAAUCAAGCUGCAAGAAGCCCGGAAGCAGCUCUAUGAUGUCCUCGGCGACGACAUCCCGCCCGUCCCGACCCUCGAUGUCACCACCCCAAAUGGCCGCUUCACGCCAUCAUCGCAGUACCGUUUCGGGUAUUCGCACUCUACGACUACGCUUGCUCUCGAGAACACCAAUGGCGAGCGAUCCUCCAAGAGAUCGCGCUCUAUCCUCCACCAAAGCCUCGACGACUCAAGCAUCAUCACCGAACCAAACACGAGGCACUUCUGGCCGCAGGGUGAACUGAAUCCACACGCAUUGGUUGAGACUAAGUUGUCUCCCAAUACCCAGAACAACCCAAAGCGCAAGAUCACAAAGAAGCGCAAGGCCACGGCUGCCGGCGCCGACGAUCACGACUACAAGCCUGUCACCACAGACAGUGACCUCGAAUCAUACUACGAGAGCGAAGCAGAGACCAAGAGCAAGAAGGCGGGUUUCGGCAUGAACAUCAGCUCCAAGAAGCACAGAGGUAAUGGCAACGACAGCGCUAAUGCUACUAGCAGCAACAAGAAAGCCCGUCGAACAGUCAGUGCCAAGUCCUCGGGCCGCAAACUCAACAAGAAGAAGUCCUCCGUCACCAAGGAGGAAGUCGUCAUCAUCGUCCCAGACGGUGUCACUGUACCGCCACUUCCAUCUAUUCCAAACGGAGUGGAGGGACAUCGUGCCGCAGUGAGUGCAGAUGACGGCUAUGGAGGCCUCGGUCAUGAAAUGUUCUGAUGAUUUUGAAAGUGCGUAUAAAGCGGGCGAAGAGCAUGAAGAAACUCAAACGGUUCCUCGGAAUCGGUAGAUUGUACCGGGUCACUUUUUCUUUUCUCUUUUUUUCGAGCGGCAUAGCGAGCAUAGCGAAAAGCAUUUUGUUUCAGCGUGGCAUGGCGAGCGGAUAGCAUUCUGCACGCAUUUUGAGACUGUUUUUUGGGUCUGGUUCUUCCUGUUUGGCGUUGGCGGGUUUUUUUCAAUAACGAAUUAUGGUACGAUUGACGAUGGACAGGCUUCGGCCCUGUUUUAACACCAGGAGUGUUUAGUUUGAGAUUGCUUUUCGGUUUUCUUGUAAACAAUUCUUGAGACGCUGAAAAGUGUCAUAAAUGAAGCUG